CACGUUCAGUUCGUACCCGGAUCAGUAGGCCGUUCGAAACGAAUUAAAUUUUGAAAAGCGAGACUUUACACCUUUUGGCUGUAACUGCCCCAUAUUCAUUCAGUAAAUUCAGCUCGAAUAGGCAACACACAAAUUCGGUUGUGAUAAAUAAUAAAUAUUUUUUUCGAGUGACGAUCGCAGUGAAGUUUUUCCAAACAAUAAAUUAAUUUACGCAGAAAAAAUACGUCGGUAUACGAAUCCAAGCAAUUGAGGCGCAAAAGAAAAACGAAUUUAACGAUAUUAAGAUGCGGCCUUUUGGGAACGAUAUUACAAACUUUGCAUCCAAUAACAGUGGCGGCAAUGGCGGCGGCAAUGGUGGUGCCAACGGUGGCAACCGCGGUGGCCAUGGCCCCAACAACGGUGGCACCAACGUUCGUGGAGGAGCCAACGGGGCCAACAAUGCCCCCAACAAUCCGACCAACCACGGAGCCAACCCCGAUGGCACAGCUGAUGGCACCACCACCGGAGGAGCCGAUGAAGACUCAAAUGUUGGUGACGAGAACACACCCGUGGACAGUUCGACUGACAGUUCCCCUGACAGUUCGACUGAAAACAUUGAGGAUCCACGGCUGCCAGCGCACAUUGCCCGCAUAGGCGGCAUUGCAUCAUUCUCUCCAAUUGCUGGACGCGGCGUCAUCCGCGUGGUGCAACGCUGUGAAGAUGCAAAGGAGAACAGACAUUUGGAUCUUUCCGAAUGCCAGCUGAUGACAUUGCCAGACGCCGUCUAUCACUUGAUGCGUAACACAGUGUUGCAAACUUGCAACCUGAGCGGCAAUGAUCUCAAAUCAAUCACACCCAAAUUUACGCAGAAAUUCAGCGCCAUAACAGAUCUCAAUCUCUCGUCAAACAAUCUGACGAGACUGCCCGACGAACUAGCCAAUAUGACGGGCCUGGCCAAGCUGAACAUAUCCAAAAAUUCGUUUAUCGUUUUACCUCAAGUUAUCUUUAAGUUAGAGAGUUUGACACACUUGGAUGCUCAGGACAACAAGAUUUUUGAAAUUGAUACCGAUGAGGCUAUAGUGAGCAAAACGCUGGUCGUUGUUGACCUGCGCAACAAUCCGCUGAGCCGCCUGUGCCGUCGCAAGCUCCAGAAUUUUGAGACUUCGUUCCGCAUAGAGAUUAGCAAGGAUGAUGAGGACGACUGGUAGACUCUCGCCAGUCAAUGUCUGACACACACACACACGUCCAAAGAACAAAUCUCUCCUCAUCUCGGGAAGGAAAUGGCGUCUAAUCUGAGCACCACUUCCACGUAUUUAUUCUGUUUAUAGUUGUAUAUUUAACACACAAAGAAAAAAACACACACACACAAAAGAAAACACCUAAAUCGAUUGUUAUAAAAUGAUGAAUUAAAGAAUUGCAUACAUAAUGCAGAUUAUAA